UCAUGGGGUAGUAAUGUGACUGGCGGUAUCCCAUAUUUCCCGAUAAUAGUAAAUAAUAACUGGCCUUUAAAACGUUCGCUUUAAUUGGCUUUAAAAUAGCGGACUUGUUGCUGUUGCAUGCAGUCACCUUUAAACUCGAACCUGAAUAUGGGCUAUGAAGCUUUCAAAAACAGCGGAGAUGUCUAAACGGUGGAGAUGCGUGGAGAAGGCUUUGCUGCUUAUGAACUGCACAUAAUAAGAGGUGUAGCCGUGGCAGUAAGGGCGGGGUAAGAGAGUAGCAGCGUUUUCAGGGCGUAUAAGGAAGUUAUAGACUGGGGAGUAAAGGACAACAGGCUGUAUUUGCAAAGCGCUGACUGUCGGAGUUUCUACUUUUAAAAAUGCCCGGAAAGAAAGUUUGCAUCGUUGGAUCUGGAAACUGGGGUUCUGCCAUUGCCAAAAUUAUCGGGCACAAUGUCAAAGCUUCCAACCGCUUUGACCCAAUGGUGAACAUGUGGGUCUAUGAAGAAAUGAUUGAUGGGAAGAAACUGACAGAGAUCAUCAACACCGAGCAUGAAAAUGUCAAGUAUCUACCAGGCCACAAGCUGCCCAAGAAUGUGGUGGCUGUUCCAGACAUCACAGAAGCUGUUAAAGGAGCAAAGAUCCUCGUCUUUGUAAUCCCGCACCAGUUCAUCGGGAAACUCUGUGAUCAGAUGAAACCUCACAUCGCAGAGGGAGCUAUCGGGAUAUCACUCAUCAAAGGCAUUGAUGAGGGACCGGAAGGACUGACGCUAAUCUCAGACAUCAUCCGAGAGAAACUACAGAUUGACGUCAGCGUCCUGAUGGGAGCCAACAUCGCCAGCGAGGUGGCGGAUGAGAAGUUCUGUGAAACCACCAUCGGAGCAAGAAAUGAGGCAAACGGCCACAUCUUCAAAGAACUGAUGCAGACUCCCAACUUUCGCAUCGCUGUCGUGCGGGAGAGUGACACAGUGGAGCUCUGUGGAGCCUUAAAGAAUAUUGUGGCGGUCGGCGCUGGAUUCUGUGAUGGCCUCGACUGUGGCGACAACACCAAAGCGGCGGUAAUCAGGCUGGGCCUGAUGGAAAUGGUUGCCUUUGCCAAAAUUUUCUGCAAAGGCUCAGUGAGCUCUACAACCUUCCUGGAAAGCUGCGGCGUGGCCGACCUUAUCACCACUUGCUACGGAGGACGAAACCGGAAGGUCGCAGAGGCCUUCGUCAGAACGUCCAAGUCUAUCGCUGAGCUGGAGGCGGAAAUGCUCAACGGCCAGAAGCUCCAGGGUCCGCAGACCUCCGCGGAGGUCUACAAGAUCUUAAAAAAGAGGGACAUGGUCAACAAGUUUCCUUUGUUCACAGCCGUCUACCAGAUCUGCUUUGAGGGCAGACAGGUGAAAGAGUUCAUCACCUGUCUGCAGAACCACCCCGAGCACUUGUAAAGUAAACGGGGUCUGCAGACAUGCUCACUGCUGCUCCUUCAGUAGAGAUUUACUACCACUAGAGGGCGGAAGAGAAUCAUCAGAGAAACGCACAAUUUAACAAAACGAUGACAACCCAGGGCACUUCAGAUUAUCUCCGUCAGUGUCAUUUAAUCAUGGCUCUUGCACAAUAUUUUCGCAGCAUUUUAUUAUAAGUUUUGGGGUUGUUUUUUUUGUUUGUUUGUUUUUUACCAAUUUUGCUUUUUUUUUCUUUUCUUUUUUUUUUAAACGUUGUGUGGUGUUAAUUUCAUUUGAAACUGUGGCAGGGAUAAACUAUCAUCAAAGGCAGACCACUCCAUUUGUACUACUACCAGAAUCUGUCAGUAACUAUUGUCGUAUGUCACUACAGGAUGUCUGUUUGUAACCUGAUAAUCCAGCAUAUUCUUUUUUAACUCUGUAUGUGGAGGUGGGGUUUUUUUGUUUUGUUUUUUUCAAUA